UCAUGUAAGAUGGCGUUUCUAACUUAUAAAUACUAAUAUUAUUAGCCUAGCCCCUAGGCACAGGUAGUGAUACUGUGUAUUGUUUUGGAAGUAUGAACUCUUAUUUCAAUAUGAUUUAAUUUGCGUAUAUAAGAUGAAAAAAUUGAUACAUUUCUAAAUUGGGAAGCAGUGUUCGAUUUGAUGUGAUUUGUUCUAAUAAAUAGGGUAACAUUGUCAUUGUGUACAGUCACAGUGUAGGUAACAAUGUCAAUUUCAAUUUCAGUGAGUACGGUAAACUGUAAACAAAUCGGCAGAGCGUGACGGUGGUCUGAUCAUUGAUCAUUCAUUAACCUCGUACAUUGAUGGCUUUCGAUAUUAUAGUUCUCUUCCUUCAUCUUUGUAAAAUUGCAGCCUUUUCUACUGCAGCUUGUUGCAUUUGUUGCAGGCUGCAGCUUGCUGCUGUUAAUCUUUCGAUUUGAUCACCUUAGACUUGUCUCUCACCGUCUUCGAUUAUACUCAUACUGAGUGAUAUAGUCAGUAUGAGUAUAUCAUAGUAUCAUAUAAGUAUCAUAUAAUGAUCAUAACUAUCAUAUAAGUACAUCAAAGUAUGAUUGUACUUUAAAGACAAAUCAUAAUGGUAAUUAGUAUAACAAGGUUAUGAGGUAACAGUAACACUGUGACUGAAUUAAUGAAGCCAACAACAAAAAGUUAGAGAAACUAAAUUAUCGUGCACUACAACAUGUGUAUCACGACUAUGAAAGCAGCUACGAGGCACUUCUCUCCAAAGACCAGUCUGUCUCAUUGAACCUCAUGAGGCAGCGACAAAUUGCUGAAGUGAUCUAUAAAAUUUUAAAUAAACAAAGCCCUUCAUACCUGUUUGAUUUAUUCUCAAACAGGGAAACUGGUCACGACUUGCGUGGCGGCAGUUUAAAACUCCAGAACUGCCGCACAGUAGCAUACGGGAAAAAAAGUCUACGUUACCAUGGUGCUAGUCUCUGGAACCAGCUUCCACUCUGUUUGAGAGACGCUACCGAUUUAAUUUCUUUUAACAAAAUGAUAAAUACAUGGAUGGGCAAGAAAUGCAUGUGUGCAAUGUGUAGGUUCAGGUGAUGUGCAAUUAUAUUCAACAGCGACAUGAAAUGUAAUUGCAAUUGCAUUUUCAUUGAUCAUAUACAUUGCCCACAGCCCAAACAGUACCAUGUCGUUACUUUAUAUUUUUAAUUUUUAUCAUACCCAUACCUGUAUCUUAAACUUGUAUAUUUUUAAUGAAAUGAUAUGUUGUUAUAACUGUUUUUAUACAUUUGUUAGAUAUCGGUUAAAGAGCUUUCCAGCUCAUGUUCACUGUUUUAAAUGUACCGAUGAAAAUAAAGAUUAUCUACUAGACAUCUACUACAUUAAUCAGGGCCACAGCACGCUGCACAGGCAGUUUGGUCGUCUCGGUACUGCGCAUGAUCAAAUGGGUACAACACUCACGUCGUUUCACACCUUCACACGAAUUUUUGACCACUGAACUUGGAUUCCCAGAGAAAUCUCAUAAAUUUCUGAGGUCUAAGCCUUAAGUAUGCUGUUACCUUACAACCUGGCUAUAUUAUACACCUCAGUGAUUGUACAUGACCACAGUGUAUGUACACUUUCAUAGUGGUUAGAAUCUUAUUAUGAACUAAUUCGGUGAUUGAUGCUUGCCAGUGUGAUUUGUUCCUUGACCUUGUUAUCACUGGUUGGGUGUAGAUUCUUCCCAGACUCCUGUACGGUACAUCCCAGAUGUAGCCUGGAUUAGCGAUGUGGACUAGAUGAACUAACUCUUUAUGUACCUGAUUCAGUACGGAGUACUGAUCAACACGUGACUCGCAAGUUUUAUAUCAGAGCAUGUCUGUAGCAACCCGGAUAAAGAGAUAUAAUUCUGAUCCCGCUGCAACUGGUAAUGUCGACGGCCGGCCAGUACCCACGCCUCGCCCUCAAAAAUAUUCAAGGUCGCCCACAAGGUCGUGCGUCAAGGCAGGCACGACGACCGAUGCAUCUUCCUCGCCCGACGUGCGUGCCGUGUUGCUACGACGGUCCUCCAAGGAGUCCACCGAGAUGAGACGUUCCGCGGAGAGCGGGAACGCGGCGGAAUCACCCCCUGAUUACGACAGGAGAAUGACAAAGUCGCUGGACGACGACAGCGCGGAGAGACGGACCUCGGAAGAUAGCAGGAGGAUGACGCAGUCCCUGGGGGACGACAGCAUGAUUGCGCGACCCCCGGAAGAUGGCAGGUGCGAGUCACCGUCCCCGGAUGAUUGCAGCGUGGGCAGCCAGUCCCCGCGGGAGGGGAAGGACGCGCGACCGUCCCCGGAUGCUGGCGUCGAGGGCCGGCCGCGAUCCGGAAGCAUCCAGGAGCGACGCAAGUUAUUCGAAGGCGGAGAGCCGGCGAUGGAACGGCCGGCGCCGAACGGCCGGGAGAGCGCCGCCUCGCGGGCGAACUCCGCCGCGAACGGACAGGGGGUGCCAGUGGCGUCGGCCGAUCGCGAGGCGGGUUGGGAUAGCCGUGCGGGCGUUCGACGCAGGCCGCCGCGCCCCGCGCCUCCCCGCACGGCGCGGGCGGCGCCACCUAGGAAGCCGCCGCGAACGUUUGCGCACGAUGUCGACGCGAUGAAGAACGGAGGGUGCGGCGCGGCGGCGCGGCCGAGUGACACCGAGGGGAUGAGUCCCAAGCCGCAGCCUGUCACCACUGAGCCGCGUGACGCGAGGACGAAUCCUCUGAAGCCGCGGCGCGUCUCCACUGGACCAAGCAUGACGACUCGUCCCGCUGACGUCCGGACGGGCGUGACGAGGCGGCCCACGCAGGAUGCGGAUGGCGGGACGAGGGCGACACGGCGGCCCCCGCGGGACGCGAACAAUGGAGUGGCACGGCGGCCCACACCGGACACGGAUGGUGGCACUGGGGCGGUGCUGCGGCCCACGCGGGAUGCGGGCAACGGGGCGGCACGGCAGCCAGCGCGGGACGCGGACGGAGGGGCAGCACGGCAGCCCGCGCAAGACGCGGAUGGUGGGGCGGUGAGGCGGCCCACGCGGGAUGCGGGCAAUGGGGUGGCACGGCCGCCAGCGCGGGACACGGAUGGUGGGGCGGUGAGGCGGCCCACGCGGGAUGCGGGCAACGGGGCGGCACGGCAGCCCGCACGGGAUGCGGAUGGCGGCACGAGGCCAGCCACACUGACGAGGCCUCCAGUGCUGCCCCCUAAGCCGGUCAUCAUGCGGUCAGUCGAACGGAGGUCGAACAAGCUGGCGCGGUCGCCGCGCGUUAAACCGGCGAAGGGCGAGGGUCGCAAGCCGAUCGUCUCGAGCAAACCUGUCUUCGUCACGUACGAGGACACGACCGUGCCGCUAUCAACCCUCCAGAAGGCACCGGGCGUCACGGCGGUGCCGCCGCCUGUCGUUCGAGAGACUCCAGUCGCCGUGACGACGCCGACGGCGAAAGCGAAGACGCCGCCGCAGCGUCCUCCUCCGCCGCGCUUGAGACCGAGGAGGUAUAACGGGGGCGGGGCGGGGUACGAGAGGCGACACAAGAUGCAGCAAUGCAGCGAGGCCGAACCUGACGCUGACUACGCGGAACCGGUGCCAGGGGGCGCCGCGGUCAGCCAUCUGAUGGAGACCGGCACCGUGCCCGCGUAUGCGUCGCUCACGCUGCCGCGGACGUCGCCCGCUGGCGGCCCCGAUUCGGACACCCGGCUUUGCAACGACGACAGUGGCGCCCCCUACCGGUACAACACGGAGACGAGCGGCGAACGGCCGAUGCGGCGAUCCUCGAGCUGUGAGGUAAUCUACGAUGACCUGGCGCCACCUGGUGGUGGGCUGCCGCGGAGCGAGACACCCGAGCACGACCUGCUCGGAUACUGCCUGCCGGCCGAGCGGGAGACGCCCACCAGCGCUCCUGGUGGCCACCAGUGGCGCAGGACGAAAUCAGCUAGACCGAACAAGCACCCGCCUCGGCCGCCGCCGGCGCCACCUAUGGUGCGGCAGAAGUUACGGCAAGCGUUCUCGCAUGAGGAUUUAGCGGAUCUUGCUGAGGACACACCGAUGCAGGACGACUCUACAGGUGAGAGCAGCGAUGCGGAGACGUCGGCGCGCGUGCUGCGCGAGCGAAUCCGCUACGUCCGCUCCGUACGCGACAAGUGCCGGGAGCGGCCCGCGCCGCCGCACCACUACGAGCACCUCUUCGAAGCCGUAAUCUGCGUGAGCGUCGACGCCGACGCCGGUGGCGCCACCUACGAGCCGCGCAUGCGCUACUGCUUCCCGCGCGACGCCGCCAACGUCGACCAGAUCCCGCUCUUCUGCUUCCCGGACGCCCGCGUGUCGGCGUUCUCGCUCUACUCGGCCAUCCUCGAGGCGGCGCAGCGGCAGCACGCGCUCUCCGAGGCGGCGGCGGCCGCGUUUCUGCGCGCGGCGUACCGGCGCAGCUACCCGGGGCCGGGCGAGAGCGUCACGGUGCGCUGCGGCGGUGGCGGGGGAGCGCCGCCGUCGCACGUCGAGACGUUCGCGCGGCCGACGGACACGCGGCUGGAGCACGUUGACUACGGACGCCUACUGCGCCGCCUCGACACCGGCGCCCUCCUGCGGGCAUUCUCGGCGAUACUCAUGGAGCGGCGCGUGCUGUUCGUCGCGUCGCGUCUCAGCACGCUGUCUGCGUGUGUGGACGCGAUCGCAGCGCUGCUCUACCCGUUCACCUGGCAGCACACGUUCGUGCCGGUGCUUCCGUCUAAGCUGCUCGACUUCGUCUGCUCGCCGACGCCCUACGUCAUCGGUAUUCUGUCGGAGAACCUGCCGCUGCUCAGCAGUCUGCCACUGUCUGAGGUGCUGUUGGUGAACCUGGACACGGGAGAGCUGAGUUGGCAGCAGGGGGACGAAGGCAGCAUCAUCCCACGCAAGCUGUUCAAGGCUCUCAGCACAGCACUCAACAUGUGCCAGGAAGACAUGAGGCAUAACACUAAGAACGUGAUGAUAUCCGAAGCAUUCAUGCGUCUGUUUGUGGAAGUUGUCGGCCACUACCACCAUCACAUUCGAAUCAAAAACGACGGCCACCGCUUCUUGGAGAAGGAGAGCUUCGUCGGGGGCGUCAACUCUCGCAGCAUCCGCAUCUUUCUGCAGUGGUUCUGCGAGACGCAGAUGUUCGAAGUGUUUGCGCGCGAGCGCAUGCAGAUAGCCGAGAGACAGGCCGGUCACGUCGCAGGACUGUUUGAGGUGCGGCUGGCAGAACAUGAGCUGGAGAUGUACUCGAAGCGAGGCUCGUCGAUCAAAAGCAACGUCCGCGGGCUGGGCAAGAAAGUGAAAGGACUCGGUAACAAAGUUAAGAAGGCCAUAACAAAUUUAGACGGCUACCCAGAGGACGACUUUCUCCAGUACACGCUGUAACGGAUUAGCAUGAGUCUCGACUAACCACAGGCGCACCGGGCGACACCAUCAACCGCCAAUCGCCGGUGUCCGUCUACCCUACUGGCGACUGCCGACCGACCUACUGUGACCUCCAAUGAACGCGCGACUGUAUUACGAGCUACCGAUGAUCAGUCAGCGGCUCUCGACCAAACAAGCAGUGUGCCUAACGGGCCAGCCGGCAGACGAUGUGCACGGCUGAAUCGGUUAUCGUCACCGUGUGAUGUUUCGACUCACUAACGCAACGAUCCGAUUCUCCUCAUCCAAUGCAGUAGAAGUGCAGGAUGAGUUGCCGUGUGAGUCUCUGUGUCGUGGUUAGGUGUGUAGGAGGGGGGCAUAGGGUGGUGGCGGAGGUGCUAGAGGGCACAGAGCAACGUGCGCAGCCCCACGAGAGUAGAUGCAAGCUCCGUGUCCGGUGUCCGGUGCUUGAGCGGUUGUUAUUGCAAUACCUCUUCAUUUCCUGUGUGACCCACCUAGUUACACUAGACCUUACUACACUUACACUGGUUACUUAUUCUCGUUUCUUAAUGAAAUGCUAGUUUUUACAGAGGAGGGAUGAAAAAACGUUAGCCGGCUGUGGUGUUGAGGAAGCAGGAAAUGGUACGAGAUAUUGUCUGUGGGCCAAAUGUACACGUAUUUAUCAGCAAUAUCUUGUUAUAACGAUUUAUUCCACCAUUGGGCGAUUUUACGUACUCUUACUUAAAAGCUCAACACGCUGUACUUUUUACCAACACAACCAAGGUGCGUGCGUUACAACUAACAAGUUAACAUAGGAGAAAGCAAGCUUUACUCAUUCCUUUCUCGUUUUAAAACGAACUGUGUGGAGUUUAAUUUAUGUAGAAUUGUGCCACACGAUGGCAGCACGUGGUUGUUUAACACUUUAUGGCUUUUCUUAGUGCUCACGCACGCAGCAAAGACGGGUCCAUUUUUGAUAAAGUAGCAGUAGCAUUACAUUUAUUCAUUCGUGCGAUAACUUGACCUUGCCCUUGACCAAACUGUGAACAUGAUGUGUUAGUUUGUUUACCGCUGCAGUGACGUUCUUUUAAAAGAGCCCUCCCCCUCAUGUUGUUCACUCCAGAUGUUCUCUUGAUUGGUGCGUGCGGGUUGUGUUGUCCAGUCUUAUGUUGUCUCGUUAACUGCGCUGCUUUGUACCGUAUCCUAGCUUGCUUGUUCUUUGUCUGAUAGUGUCUGACGUGUGGCGUGGCAUUACAUGUGUGUGUACUGGAAUGGUCACGUGCGCCGCGUAUGUGUUACUGUGCACGUUUGUUUGUUUGGUUGUUUGGUUGGUUGGUUGUUUGCGUGUGCGCGCGUGCGUGUAUGUGUGUGUGCGGGUGUGUCCGCGCGUGUUUGUGCGAUCGAGCGUGUGCGUGCAGUACGGUGUGUUAGUGUCCAUGCGCGAGCGUUUUUGCGUGUGUGUAUAUGCGCGUAAGUAGGGCCUGUGCGUGUGUUUAUAAUAGCUUACGAGAUGAAUGCGAGCAUUUUACGUUGUCAUCCGUGUUUACCAUGUUUAGGGGCGUAAAUAAAAUAAAAUGUUUAGCGUGACACUAUUAUGCAUAGUUUAUGCUACCGUAGUUACGGGAGGUAGCUUUUUAAUAUGUUAUGCAUAUAGGAGCAUUCGUCUUCCUACACAGUGUAAGGCCUUGAAUCGUUGUUAUCAGGAGCCCGUACUACUAUAGUGCAUGUACUUAGUACAUAAACUAAUAUUAUAGUGUACUAAAUAUAUGUAAUAUAUAUAUAUUUAUAAAUAUAAAUAUUAUAUAUAUAUAUAUAUGUAUAUAUAAAUAAUACUGUAGGAUUAUGAGCUCAUGUUGUUAUGCAUUUCGUUCGCUUAUGAACGACGUGUAAAAUAUUGUUGACUGACAAAGGGGUUGAUCUAAUUUUCUGCUCAAUGUGGCAAGGCAGCUGGCUUUAGUGCUUUUAGGAUCACAUAGGAGUCUCUAUACUCAUGUGUUAUGUAUGUGGAUGUAUGUAUGACCAUCGUUUGCCUUUACGCCGUGGUAUGAGUCUAUCGAGCAAUGUCAGGAAAGGUUGAUUGCUUUUAGCGACUGUUUCGUGGAGUCGUCCGCGCGUAUGUGUAUGUGCGUGCGUGCGUGCGUGCGUGCGUGCGUGCGUGUGUGUGCGCGCGGUUAAACGGGGUUAUACGUCUAAUAGGUAUAUCUAUAAACAUGCAUCGCCACGAAGCGUGUGUCAGUGUAUCCUAUAUUUUAUGGCUUUAUUAGGAUUGUACAGCGGCGAUGGCGUAUGUACAUAGCGUGAUAAUGAUAGCCGUUAGUAGUGACUCACAUCCAUAUAUACUAUGUAGUAUCAUAAUAUGUAUAGUAUCGGCAGCUAGUAUAAGAUGCCAUUGCCACGAAAAUUAAUAUAAUCUAAGUUACGUAGAAGUUUUGGCGGCACGACUCGCCGCCAGCAUACACUGCUCGCCUGUGAUUCAUCAUCAACAUCUGGCCAGCGUCUUCCUGAUGUGCGUGCCAACCACCAGGUGUCACUACUAGCCGUUAACGCCAGUUCUUGCUUUCUAUGAGCGAUUGUUAUGCAUUGUCGAUAACGUUAUUUAUUGAGAAUAAAACUGCAAGAAUGAACAAAUAA